AUUGGACUUGAGGUACAGAUCAGCCGAGAUCCCAGAGAAUGGCGGAAAGGGCUGGAGCGGCUGAAUGGUUUACUCCUGUUCCUGUAACUGGGCACUGAGCUCCCGGUGAUUUCAUUGCUGUUUUACCUUCACGAUAUCUGGAAUAAUUAACAGUCCUACUGCAUCCUGCCAAAAAUGGCACACAUCACACUAAAUCAAUAUUUACAACAGGUAUUGGAGUCUAUUGAUAACAGGGAGGGAGAUUCAUGUGCUGAACUUGUCUCAUUCAAACAUCCCCAUGUAGCAAACCGUAGAUUGCAGUUAGCCAGCCCAGAAGAGAAAUGCCAGCAGAUUCUCGAACCUCCUUAUGAUGAAAUGGUGGCAGCUCAUUUAAGGUGUACCUUUGCAGUUGCAAACCAUGAUUUUAUAGAAGCAUACAAAUACCAAACCAUUGUGGUCCAAUCUUUCUUGCGAGCAUUCCAAGCACACAAGGAAGAAAACUGGGCAUUGCCAAUUAUGUAUGCAGUGGCCUUGGACCUGCGGAUUUUUGCAAAUAAUGCUGACCAACAGCUUACGAAGAAGGGAAAAGGCAAAAUGGGAGACAUGCUGGAGAAAGCUGCUGAACUGCUGAUGAGUUGUUUCCGAGUCUGUGCCAGUGACAAUCGUGCUGGGAUUGAUGACUCAAAGAAAUGGGGAAUGCUAUUUCUUAUCAACCAGCUGUUCAAAAUUUAUUUUAAGAUCAAUAAGCUUCACCUCUGUAAGCCUCUAAUCAGAGCUAUUGAUAGCUCCAACCUGAAGGAUGAAUACAGCAUGGCACAAAGGGUAACCUAUAAGUAUUACGUUGGUAGGAAAGCCAUGUUUGACAGUGAUUUUAAGCAAGCGGAAGAAUAUCUAUCAUUUGCAUUUGAGCACUGCCACAGAUCUAGCCAGAAAAACAAACGAAUGAUUUUGAUCUACCUCCUGCCUGUGAAGAUGCUUCUUGGUCAAAUGCCAACAGUCCAGUUGCUAAGAAAAUAUGAUCUUUUGCAGUUUUCUGAUGUGACCAAGGCUGUAAGUGAAGGGAACCUUUUGCUAUUGAAUGAGGCUUUGACAAAACACGAGAUCUUCUUCAUUCGCUGUGGUAUCUUUCUAAUACUUGAAAAACUGAAAAUUAUCACUUACAGAAAUCUGUUCAAAAAAGUGUAUUUACUGCUGAAAACACACCAGCUCCCACUGGAUGCUUUCCUGGUUGCACUUAAAUUCAUGCAAGUAGAGGAUGUUGACAUUGAUGAAGUCCAAUGUAUUUUAGCAAACCUCAUCUACGUGGGACAAAUCAAGGGUUAUAUCUCUCACCAGCAUCAGAAGCUUGUCGUCAGUAAACAGAACCCAUUUCCACCACUUUCCUCUGUUUGUUAAAUUUGUAAUUACCUGAGAUUGACAACAAAGGAGGCAGUUCUGCUCUGUUCACUAAAAUGUGCAUCGUUUGAUGAAACCUUAAAAUGGAUUUCCCCAUAGUCCAUGCAUAGACUGUGUCUUAUGGUGUGCUUGGGUAGUUGUAUAACUGCAUAAAUUCUGGUGUUUAAGAUAUAAAAUGGCCAGGUUCUUCUAUCUACUAUAUUUGGUUUUGAAGCAAUAUUUUUCUUUGAGAUAAAGAAACAUGGCAGUUUUUCAAAGUUGCUUGAGCUAAGCUUAUUACUUGUUUUUUAAAAUAGAAAAUUGGCUGAUUUGCAGGAUGAAUUUAUUUCUAUUUUGAAGUUGUGUUUACUCAGAUUUUGCUGGUGUUUUUGUUUGACAUUUCUGUUUUUUCAAGCCACAACUUUCAGUAUGAUCUGUAAUUUGUAAUUGUCAUUAAGAUGGUAAUACAGUACUUUUAUUUUUGUACUAUGCCUGCAAUAAUGUAAUAAAUACAAGCAAUUCUUUUCACGAA